CAAAGAUACAACAAAGAUGGCCGGCCAUGGAGUGAACGCUGAGGUAGAACAAUUGAGUUGGUAUCACUACAAUGUAAGUCGUCAUGUGGCAGAAGGCUUGUUGAUGGCUAAUGGUAGAGAUGGGAGUUAUUUACUUCGAGCUAGUGCAUCUAAUCCAGGAGAAUAUUCAUUAUCAGUGAGAUGUGCCAGUUCUGUGAAGCAUUUUCAAAUUGGCUGGGAUGGUUCACAGUUUAAAUUUGGAAUGGGAUCAUUUUCAAAUAUCAGUGAAUUUGUGGAACAUUUUGAAAAUAAGCCUUUGAUUGGUGGUGAUUCGGGGGUCCUUACUUUAUUGAAAUACCCUUAUCCAAGAGAUAUUGAAGAACCAACAACCUAUGAGAAAGUACGAGUACAUGCAGAGUGGGGGAAAAAUAGGAAAAGUAGCAUAGAAAACUCUAUGGAUCAUUCUUUUGGUUCAAAAGAAGGAUAUCUCACUAAACUUGGUGGCAAAGUAAAGAAUUGGAAAACAAGGUGGUUUGUGCUACUGAAAAAUGAACUGAAGUACUUUAAAACAAAAGGGGACAGAGAACCUAUUAAAACAAUAGACCUUGAAGAAUGUCAGGAAGUGGCAAGAGAUGACUCAUUAGGAAAAGGAAAUUGUUUCAGGAUUGUCAUGCCAUACAGAACAUUCUUCUGUUAUGCAAAUUCAACACAAGAAGCUGAAGAGUGGAUCAAAAUUCUUCAAUGGAAGCUGGUAAGUCUCCACCCCAGUUUGUAAUAAUUGUCGAGGUCC